AUGGCCAAGGAGCACGUGGAAAGAGAUUAUGCUGUCGUGGGCAGCUGGGAGGACACGAAUAUAACCCUGACCGUUCUCGAGAACUAUAUUCCUCGCUUCUUUCGCGGUGCGAAGCUCAUGUAUGAAAGUAGGUCCCUUAUCCAAUUUCCAAGCCUGCGAAUUUAUAUUGUAUUCUCAAUUCCCAAAACAGUGCAUAAUAACAAGAUCACCAAUCGCAACAAGAAUAAACGCAAGCCGUUCAUAGAACCCGAGGUCAAGGAGAUGAUUCGCAAGAACUUUACUAGCGAGUACGAGUUUUACUACUUCUGCAAGCAGCGUUUGUACAAACAGUAUUUGGCACUUAAUCUGAAGGAGUUGGAGGUGCAUGGUCUUUUGAACUAGUUGAGUUGCAGUCCGACAUUAGAUUAUAGUAGGUGAUAUAUUGCGAACAAAUCUUCACAUUCAAUAAACAGUAGUCAGUAAACCCGUA